CGGGUAAAUACCUAGGCAUGAAAAUGCCGUGACCGGGUUCGGGUCCUCGCCAGAUUUUCCUCUUUCCACGAGAUCCAGCACGCCCCCGUCCAGCAGGCAGCCCAGCAUGCAGGUGCCGUCCUUGCUGCUCUGCGGUCUGUGCAUUGCUCUUCCAGUAUUUGUCAGAGCAGAUGUAUGCAAGGACAUUACUAUGCCAAACGAGACAUCUUCAGUAGACCAGCCUUUUGCUUUUAAUUGUACAUACCCUCCAAUAACAUCUGGGGAAGUCCAUAUAACAUGGUAUAAAAAUUCUAGUAAAAUCCCAAUAACCAAAAACAGUGAGUCUAGAAUUCACCAGGACCAGACUUGGAUUUUGUUUCUCCCCCUUGCAUUGAGGGACACAGGAAUCUACCAAUGCAUUAUAAAGGAUAGAAACAGCUGUCACAGAAUACAUUUAAACCUAAUUGUUCAUGAAGAGUAUUGGUGUAAUGCUUCCAGAAAUGGUCUAAGGAAUUUAUCAGAUGAGUACAAACAAAUACUACACGUUGGAAAUGAUGGCAGUCUUACCUGUCAUCUGAUCUUCCCAGAGAGUUGUGUUUUUGGUUUAAUAAAGUGGUAUAAGGACUGCAAAGAGAUUAAAGGUGAGCGGUUCACUCCUUUGGGAGCCAUGCUUACAGUGAACAAUGUCUCCGUAGAGGACAGAGGGAGCUAUGCAUGUCAAGCCUGGCUGACACAUAUGGGAAAAACUUACAUGGUUUUAAAUAGCAUCACUGUGAACACCACAGAAAGAACUGGACAUGGAGGAAAUAUACCAAAAAUCAUUUAUCCAAAAAAUAAUUCAAUUGAAGUACUACCUGGCUCCACCCUUAUUGUGGACUGCAAAAUAAUAGACACGAGGGAUAACACAAAUCUACGAUGCUGGAAAGUGCGGAACACCUUGGUGGAUGACUACUAUAAGGAAUCCAGACGGGUCAGAGAAGGAAUCGAAAACCCUGUCCCUUUUCGUGAACAUAUUUCGUACACGGUAAACAUAACCUUCGUAGAAGUGAAAAUGGAAGAUUAUGACCUUCCUUUUAUGUGUCAUGCAGGAGUGUCCACAGCAUACAUUAUUUUAAAACUCCCAGUUCCAGAUUUUCGAGCUUACUUGAUCUUUGGGCUUCUCGCCUUGACUGUUGUGGCUGUGUCUGUUGUGUGCCUCUACAAUGUUUUCAAGAUUGAUGUUGUACUUUGGUAUAGAAGUGCUUUCCGUUCUACUGAGACCAUGGAAGAUGGGAAGCUGUAUGAUGCUUAUGUCUUAUACCCCAAGCCUCACCAAGAAAGCCAGAGCCACGCCAUGGACAUGCUGGUGUUGAAGAUCUUGCCCGAAGUGCUGGAGAGGCAGUGUGGAUACAAAUUAUUCAUAUUUGGCAGAGAUGAAUUCCCUGGACAAGCUGUGGCCGAUGUGAUCUAUGAAAAUACCCGGCUGUGCAGGAGGCUGAUUGUCAUCCUAGUGCCAGAGUCACCCAGCUUCCGCCUACUAAAGAACAUGUUGGAAGAACAAAUUGCAGUCUAUAAUGCUCUCAUCCAGGACGGGAUUAAGGUCAUUCUGAUCGAGCUGGAGAAAAUUGACAACUACACAGCCAUGCCCGAGUCCAUCCAGUACAUCAGACAGAAGCAUGGGGCCGUCCAGUGGAGCGGGGACUCCACAGAGCAGGCGCAGUGUGCAAAGUCCACAUUUUGGAAGCAAGUUAGAUACCGCAUGCCACCAAGAAGGUAUCCGCCAUCUUCUCCCAUCCAGCUGCUGCAGCACACGCCGUGUGACCACAGGGCAGGCAGUGGGGAGGACAGUGCAGGGCUUGUCAUCCAUUGAUGGAGGGUGUGUCACCAUCGUGUGCUGGCUUACAGCUGGACUGGACAAGGAUGCAUUUCACGUGCUGUCCACCCCUGCAGCUUGCAGUUGUGGAUGUGAUGGAGGGUCUGUGUUUGUUAUUUGUUUGCUCAUUUGCUUUGAUCCGUGCUACUUCUUUAGGGAAAGACACAGCUCCUCCAGAUGACCCUCCUCCUCAACCUGGUGACCCACGGACACUCAUGGACACUUGCUGAGCACUGGGUAGACUCAUCAUUUGGGCCCCUUGGGAACAGGUCACAGGGGGUUUUAGAGGUGGCAGUGGAAAUGUCAGAAAUUUUGUCCAUGACAGGAGUCCCACGCUACCUAGAUGGGGACUGUCAAGGGACAACAGGAGAGCAGUGUCGGGCUUGGGGGUGGCUAACAAGGAUGGCCACACUUUGUCCUUGCCUGUCCAGCAUGCAUGGGAUCGGUCCUCAGUCAGUGUUACUGUGUCUGUGUCUCUCUCACUCUGCCAGUGCAGAUAAAGAGCUGUGACCACAGUUUUAGCAUGUCGCUACUGGGAGCAACUUAGAGAUCACCUAGACCAGUGGGGACACAGUGGGAUGUGACCCUUUGGUCACCCUCCUAGUGGGCCGAUGCUUUGAGGAACCGUAUGAGUCAAACCAAAGUAAGAAUUCAUUUCCUUUUUUUGUCAGGUAACCUAUGUCAAAUAGAAUUCUGGUUAGCAUGUGAGAGAUAAGUUAGCACUCAGAGAUGCCACAAUUCUAGUCCAAGGAAGAUGAUGUACCCUUCUAACGAGAGUGUGUGCCCUCAUCAAUAUAUGAUUUAAUGAUUCACAAAGUUUUUCAUACUAGCAAUUGCUGUAAAUCCUCAUCAUUACUUUCCAGGAUCCUAAUUUGAGGAAAUAAGAUCUAGUCUAACCCUUGCAAGCUAUAGUUCGACACUGAGGCUUCCUGAGUGGCCCUUAAUAAGGGCUGGAAUGGAGCCGGCCCCUGGGCAGGCUGGGCAGGUCAUGGGGAGAGUGAGGACAUGGGAGGAGUGAGCUGGGAGAACUGCAGCUCAGGGAUGGAGUGGGGACCAGGACCGGUUGAGGGAAACUGUGCCCCUUGUUCAUAGGCAGUGCUUGGUGUCCAGUGGAUUCUUAGGUGCUAAGGAGCCCAUUCCUCUCUUCUUAAAAAUUGAUGUUCCACAUUUAUCAUCUUACUUAUUUAUUACCCCAAUUUGAUGUAGGGCCAUUCUUUUUUUAUUUUAAUAGUUGCUUCAUAAAACUUUAAUUGCAGCAAAAUAUAUGGACAUAAAAUAUACCGUCUUAACUAUUUGAAAGUGUACUUAUUCGUUGUCAUUAAGUAUGCUCACCUGUUGUGCAGCCAUCACCACCAUCUGUCUCCAGAACCUGUUCAUCUUCCCAAACUGAAGCUCUAUUCCCAUCACACACCCACCUGCCACCAACGUUAACUCCCUGUCCCUUAGCCCCAACCCCUGGUUACCUCUGUUGGGCUUUCUGCCUCUGUGGCCUUGAAUACAAGGUACUCCAUCUGCAUGGAAUCACACAUACAGGGUCUGUCCUUCUGUGUCUAGCUCAUUUCACUCAGCAUGGUGUCCUUGUACAGGGAGAGGAGAGCACAUAGUCAGUCUCUGAACAGCCCCCUAAGUCAAAAGCUCAUAAACAGCCCUUCUCAUGAGAUGUUUGUAAUUUUUUUGGCAUCUCCCGUUUAUCUCUCCAGCAGAGGGAUCAUAAUUCCUUAUGAAGGUUUUGCUAGUUUAGUUAAAAUAAGCUGUUUCUCUUGUUGCUCCUACAAGAACAACAAUUGUGGCCAAUCUGUUUUUCACUCUGCCCCAUCACUGUCUGCUGGUCUUUUCUUCCCUGGGUUGGUCUCGGCAGACUGUCUGCUUGUGUCCAGCUCAUGAGACUUUGCCACACCAGGAAGCCAUCUGAGAGCAGGUGGCACCAUCUCGAGUCUUUUGACCCCUGGGCAGUAGAAUCUGGACCAGGGGGGUGAGUGGUCACCAGCUUGUAGUUUGGUAAGGAUUUGGGGAACCCCUCUACCAUUCUGAUUUGGGGGAUGUCCCAAGCAUCCUGCCCCUUCCCUCCCAGACAUCCCCCCAGCAAAGGAGCAGAAGUAGCUGCAGCCUUAGGAGAGGGGGACAGAGACCAACUGGGAUGUGCCCUCUCUAAAGGAAUCCCUGUGGAAUUUAGAAAACAGAUUCUGCAGUGGGCGUCAUUUAUAAAUGAAUAACUGCAUUUGCAGGACAUUGGUUGAAAGCCAACCUGUCAGAAAAAAAAAGAGGUUUCUUCUGAAACAUCUCUGACAUAUGCGAGGCCAGCAUGGUUGAUGAAUUCUUCAGCUGUAAUUUUAUUUUUAAGUCAAAAAGCUUUUCUCCCAUUUGUGUCUUGAGUUUCUUUUCCUUGGGAAGUUUUGAAGAUAUAUUAUUAAUAUAAUAACAUUAAUGAGCUAUUGUGGCACGCUUAAAUUUUAUUUGUUAGCUGUGGUCUGCUAAAUGUGCUUUGUUAAAAUGUAUUUCGUAUCCUAUGCAAGGCCUUCUCUCAAGGGGACUGCGGUCUCUUGCAUUGGAACUCUGGGCUGG